AUAAAUAUUAACAUUAGAUUAUUAAUUAUAUUACUAUUUCAAUAAAAUAAACAUGUGUUAAAAUGGGUUCUAAGAGCUAAUCUAAAUACUUAUUACAAUUGAAAAAUAGAAAGUACCUUACAUUAUAAAUAAUAUUAAUAAUCAGUGCUUGUGAAAUGAAUUUUCAUCUCCUUUUUCUGUUUAUGUGUAUUGUUGCUGGAAAUAAUGAAAAAGAGAAGGAUUCUGAAGAAGAUAUAAAGCGGAAACGAAUCAUUGAACAGCUGACGAAAACCCGGACAGUUUUAUUAGAUGAUUAUCUAUUAGUAACCAGACAAAUUGCUAUAGAUGUUUUCAUGUACAGAAGCUAUCGUACAGUCUCGGUUAUUAAUUAUAAUAUUAUCACGGAUGUUUCUAAAGCACAGUUUACAUUUCAAGCUGAGGAGCUGCAUUUAAAUAACAUCGGAUCAUGUAGUCCUCAAGAUGUUGUCAUAAAUAUAAAACAUGGGUCCUACCCAGCUCUUAAUCCAGAUGGUUAUAACUUUCCAAAGGAUUUUAUCGACCCCUCUACUAGAGAAAAAAUUCACAGUAUAGAAACAUUAUCUAAUGGAAAAAACAGGACAUAUACCAUAGACAACCCGAAGCCUGGUGUUUGGUACGCCUUGGUAUAUGUCAAGUGGGAAGAUCCGAGAGGACAGAAAGUUGAGCAGCAAGGUUUGGUCGCCAAUUGCCGUACAAUAUUGUACACCGACUUGCAAGUGAAAAGGGAAGAAGAUAUUGAAAUAAUAGAUUGCUACAAUGAUAUACCUCUUACAAAAAUUCCAGUUCUAUACAAAUGCAUGGCCAGAGAUACCACGGAUUCUCUCACAUUAGUUUUUGAAGUUAAUGAUGUAGUUGCGAAUAAUACAAGCGAAUUCCUAACAUUUCAAAUACAAACAUUUUCUAUACCAUCAGAUGAAAAUUAUUUAGUGUACUGUAAAUACAGUCCAGGUUUAAAUUUUGUCAAUACGGUAAUCUCUUUCAAUCCUGCACCGAAUUCCUGGCAUUAUAUUAAAAUAGACUACAUAAAUGGUAACGCGUCCAAAAUAGCGGAUUGCGAAUCUUACACCGGGGAUUCAGUGGAUGAAGUAAAUAAAACUGUAGUUGAUCUCAUGCGGGACGAUAAAGGACGAUUUUUUACGUUCGAUUAUGGAUUACCAACAACUGAUUUACAAGAUGCAACUAGCUUAGUAAAUAUUACGUCCAAUGAAACGAAAAGUUUGAGAUUUAAAGUGAAUCAAUUCUUGGAUAUUGGUGGGAAUUUGGCCAUCGAAGCAAGCGUCUUGAUGAGUCUGAAGUAUUUUAUGGGAUACAAGCGACAGUUCGUGAAUGAAACGCUGCUAACUUUUACAGAAGAUGAUAAGUUUUUUAAGGUGGUUAUUUGUAUGGAAAUAGAUAAACCCUCCAUACCUUUAGAAACUGGAAAGUGUAAGUUUAAUGAUAACGUUAAGCCGGCCCUGUUUGUUUUGAACAGUACAGAUUCAGAUUCAAUAUAUGACAAAGUAAUUAUUCCGUAUCCCGAAAGUGGUACAUGGUAUCUUACUUUCAGACUAUUUGGUGACAAAGUUGUUUGUCCCUGUCGUAAAUUCGAUAAUGGGACAAAAUACUACGUUGAAACGAAUCCGUCCAGAAGAGUUGAAGGUACAGAUAUACUCGCGAAUGACACAAGAGAAGGAGGAACAGAAGGCAAUGCAACUGUGGUGCUGUCUAUUUCGUCAACUUCGUGCAUAAAUGGAAGAUGCAGUAAUGACGGAGCUUGUGGUUUGAAUACUUUUGGAGGGCUUGUUAUGUCCUUUUGCUCGUGUUCAGCUGGUUUCGGAGGUUGGGACUGCUCAGAUGAUUCGAGAAUGGACACCAAAAUUUACAUGCUCGUUUCGGUUCUGCUGCUGACUCUCAGCAAUAUUCUAUUCCUGUUCUCCAUAUACGCUGCUUGUAUCCGCUACUACUACACCGAAGCAAUGAUGUACGCCUUUACCAUGGUCUUCUCGACGUUUUACCAUGCUUGCGAUGCCCCUGCCCAAGUCGCAUACUGCAUAGUUCGAGGUAAUAUUCUACAAUUCGGAGACUUCUACUGUGGCUUAAUGUCCUUUUGGGUCACUUUACUUGCAAUGUGCAUUAUUACAGACAAAUUACGGUCUUCUUUACAACUCAUUGGUGCUAUCGUUGUUGCUUUAUUAACAACGUGGAAUAUGCAUUCGUUUGUGUCAUUUUUAUUACCAGUGGCGGUCGGUGUGACGGUAUUGCUGAUAUCCUGGUACUUGGACUACAGAAAGACCAAGCGAAUGUUGUAUCAUUCGUCGUACUAUAGGCGGUAUUUUCCGUUGGGUGUUAUUUUAGUAUCGGUCGGGCUGAUAAGUUAUGCUUUUCUGCAAACUGAACAGAACUACAAGGUCGUGCAUUCGUUGUGGCAUAUGGUUAUAGCGGUGAGUGUGGUAUUCUUGUUGCCAGAUAUAAAAAGAAAUGACGCGAAUCCAUUCGUGCCGAGUCCAGGUUUUUGUUGGCAACCACUGUGUAUGAUUUUUAGAAAAUCUCCAAGUCAAUAACGGUUUAUAAAACUAAGGGCGAUAGAGAUAAGUGACUAGACAUGAGCGAGAUAUAAUCACUAAUUAUACUAGGUAUUUGUAAACAGAAAAAAUAAAGUUAAAUAGUUAGUCUGUAAGAAAUUAAUUGCCAUUUAUUUCUGAGCUUAUUAGCCCCUUUUGGCAGAGCAUUAUUCGUACUUGUAUUCCUUUUAAUGUUGGAACCCUAUGAAACGUCACAUAACACAUCCUAUACCUUGUUUAGAUUGAUGUUUUUAGGAAGUUUAUAGGACCAAUGGAUAUAUUGUGGCAUUUAUAUGAACAAUUUAUUGAAAUUAGUAGUAAAGUUAUGUAUUUUAAUGGGUACCAAACUUGAUAAGUACUAAUUCAUGAAUUUUUAACAUUGUAAAUCUGCAUAAUAUUAUAUAAUAUGCCGUUAUUAUUUUAAAUGUUUUAAUAAAAGUGACACGUAUACUAUACAGUUAUAGGUAAGUGAUUCUAUUUUCUGAAUGUCUCACGGCAAACUACGUGUUUUUAGACGUCGGAUUUCUUUUAGUUGCCUUUUGCACUUGGUGUAGGCUAGACGCUCUCAAAUGAAUUGGAUUUAUACACAGAAAGGUGUCUUUUACACCUUUUUAGCUAGAGAGUUAGUUGCGUCAUUCACUUUGACUCUGCAGUGUCCUAACCCUUACGAGACCGUCUUACACAAGAAGUACGUACUUUGCUGUCUAAAUUUGAAAUAUAUAAAAAUGAUGUGGUGUCGUGGGACACCAGGUAGGAACGAAGUUUCUUCGGCUAAUGUAGAAUCGACACAAAUUGCAAAAAAAAAUCGUGCUCAAUUAGGUAUUAUACACUACUCGCUUGUGUAUGCGACUGCACUUUUUUCCACGGAUUUUUUCUUACGGUUUUACUAUCACAUUUUUUUCAGUUCGGUCGCGCAGCAAAGUCCCUAUCCCCUCCAAGCCUGCCGUAAGGAACUUCGUUCCAAAAUGUAGAAUAUUGUAGCAAAAAUGUUUGUAGCUAAUAAGUGUUAAGUGUUUCAUAUUAUGUUCCGUUAGUUAACUAGUCAAUUAUACAACACGCAAGCUAUCUCUUUUCAAAUAGAUAGAAAGAAAUAUAUAUAUUUAUUCGCCACAAACAAAUUUUUACAUAAUAAUAUACUAGAGAAAUCACAAACAAACCAAAUUAGUAAUAUACUAUAUAUAUAUGAAGUGUUUGUCACAAAUUGGUCACACAUAAUUUGACGCUGAUUAGUUGUGCAACCAACCCUGAUCUAGUGUGACCAACAAAUAGAUUAUUUAACAUAUAAAUAUGAAUUGUGUGCAGCUAGCCUUGCCAUAAAUAUUGUUACGAGAAAAUAUAUUUUGUAUAAAACGUUAAUAAUUCUAGUGUCCGUUAGUUACUUCAUACAUUAAAAAAUAUUUGAAUAUGAACCUCAGAUAACAUGAUCUCCUUUAGCCUCAAUACAACCCUUUAAAAGUUAUGGCCAGUUAUCUACAAUUGAAACCGCCACUCUCUCCAUGGGAAAAUUCUUCACUGCCAAUCUUAUGGAUCGUUUUAGGGACUCAAAUCGUCAUGGCGCUUAGAGCGUGCAAUAUUUUGUAAAUCUAACUGUAGAUCCAGUGGAUUAAGACCAGAUGAAGUCAUAAAUGUUCGUUUCCAAAUACGCUUGUGUGGGUCAGUCUUUAUAAUCCGGUGCUGAAAGGACCAUUUUUUUUAUGGAAUAUGGGGUUGCUAUGAGGUUGAACCACCUUUUCAAGAAUCGUAUAUUUGUAUACCAGUGUCGAUGAUAUUAUGAUAAAUAUGGCACAGUCACUCCUUGAUAGCUAACACACCACUUAACCGUCGCUAAAGUCGGAUAAUGCCAACAUUGUACUCUGUUGUCUAAGUGGGAAGUUCCCUUGAGCAAAAACUCGGCUAAUCUGCUUUUAAAAUGUUGCUCGAAACCUAAAUAAUUUUUCGUAACCGAUUAAAAGGUUGUUUUGAGUUUCUUCUUCGUCGUUACACUCUUGACAGAGCGGUUGUGGUCAUCACGAAGUGAAAUCUUUUGGGAUAGAUGCGAUUCGCCCCACGAGAAUUCGCCACUUUUCCCUGCUGGCCGAUAGUCUGGUGCACUCGUUCAAUGGAACGCCCACAGCAGAAUUAAUUUGGUCGGUCCAUCGCAUAGGCGACCUUCCUCGCCCUCUGGUGCUCUCUACUUUGCCCUGCACGACGCUCAAUGCUCUCACUCUCCCGGGAGACGUAUGCGAAGAACUUAAGAAUUUGACUGUAUUAACACCGAAAGGCGAUGUUUUAUGUCAAGUUCUUGGAGAAUGGAGACGUUGGUGGUUUUGAGUUUACCACCCUAUUAUUAAUAAACUGUCGGUUAAACAUUGACCAGUGCAUCUCUUUAAAUUACCAAGUCCUAAGUUAUCAGUGGACACAAUGAAUUAAUAUUAGAUGGACAGGUUCUAAAUUAAAACGCAUUAUAACUGUUUUCUAUUUAAACAGUAUUUAUGGCCUAAGACUAAGUAUACUUUUACAAGGCUACUGUGGAAAAUAAAAUAAUAAUCAUGGAAUUGAAACAUACAUGAAUUAAAUGAAAUAUAAUAUACUAAAUAUACUCAACAGAUUUUUAAUAUACACAUUAUAUUAGGUCACUAACAUGUCGUUUAUACAUUUAUUAAAGUAAUUAUCAUAUUGUGUUAUAAUAUUUUAUGAUGGUAUGCACAUGUGACAAUAUUAUACUCAAAUGCUACAAAUAUAAUUUGUUUUAUAUUAUUAAGGCUUCUCACGCACUGGCGGCUAUAAAUUCGGGGAUAUGUAAGCAAACGCUUGCUAACCCACGACCCGGUCGGCAUUGGCGUUCUAAAUGUAAACUAACAAAAACUUAGAUAUUUGUUCGGGCCUUUACAAUUAUUUGACGGGGCAAUAAAUUAGUAAUAUAGCUGUGCUUCAUUCUACCCUACAAAAUCUAGGUACAAAUAAUGAUUAUUUUGAACUGAAAUACCUUUGCGCCCACGCCAUUUCAUCUCCGCUGACUUCUGAGGCUUAUUACCAAAAUAGAAAGCCGAAGUUUCGCUCGAAACGAAAGAACGACGAACUUCAAAGUAAAUCCUAUUCCAAAGCACUUCGGAUCUGAAGUGCGGACAGAUUUCGAUACGCAACCAUAGACAUAAUUAUAAAAAGUGAAGUUGUAGUUACGACCUUAUUAAUCUCAAACAACGAAAAAGUAAAUGUCAAGUGAAUUUGGGAAUAAGGUAAACGAAAGACAAAAUGUCUGAUUGCGAACUUCGUAUCAAUCUUCUGAUCCGAAACACUUUCGUAAUAGGAAAACGUACGAUCCGUCAACCGAAACUUCGUAUUACGAUUUUCGUAAUAGAGCACCGGCUCUCGCCGCUUACAUACGAAUCUGUAUUAGUAGGUAGCUAAGAUAAUUAAUAUCUAUUUGUUAGAUAUAAUUAUUAAAAGCUCUAGAAUGGCAUAUUUAUAUUAUUAAAUUAAAUAUAUAACAAGUUAAACACUUACAGACAUUAAUUUUAAGUGCGUUAUAUAAAUGAAUUAUCCUACUGUUGUCAGCAAAAUCCAUUAUUUACAUAAUAUUAAUGAAAUAGUGAAAUAAGUUAUUUAAGCUUCGAUUUAUUUUGUUAAAUCAUUCCAUAUUAUUGUGGUUGUGUCCCUUGUUGUAUACUACUACUAUUUCGUUAUUCAUAUCAAAGACUUCUAUGUAUAUAUUAGACAAUAACAAUUGUGUCGCAAGUUCGUGCGGGCGGGCAGGCAUGGAGUAUAUGUCUUGCAAAUCUCCUCCUUAGUCGUUCACUCUUGACAGAGUGGUCGUGGUUGCAUGAUGAGACUGUAGGCUUCUCACAGGAACUGAACAUACACACUUCCAUACCGCUCCAUCUUCCAAUGUGAGUGCAUAGCCAUCAAGGAAGCCGCCAGAGCAAUAUUAAGAAGGAAAGUACAUGGCCACAGAAUCAGAAUUCUUUCUGACAGUAGGGAAACAGGAGCCCCUAUACCAUACCAUACCUUACCAGCCCUGGCAAUGCGGCAUCACUUGCCACGAUCUUCAGCGUUACGGGAACAUUGGACUAUGGUGGUUUGUGUCGCAGCCUUUAUCAGGUCUGUCCGCGUAGGUGACCGACCUCGUGACGGCUUGCCUUCCACACGUCCUUGGACGACGAGUCGUUUCAUGGAGUUUUGGUUUCGUGUAACGUGCCCAAAGUACUUGAGGAUUCGUAUUUGUACAUAGUCUUGCAAACGCAGAUGUUACAAUAAUGACAAUGUUUUAUUGGUCAUUUUAAACAAAAUCGGUGUUAGUUUAUUUUGUUGAAAACGAUGUUCGCGGCUUACAAAACAGUGCACUUGUCUUCUCGCUUGCUCGCAGUGGACCAAAGAGUAUAAUAAUAUAUAGGGAAAAGAGAGCUCUCUCUACGCAUUAUGAGCUGUCUGUUUGAGAACUAGCGCCAUCUGGAGAUUAGCCCCGAAAAUAACUAUAUAUAAGCUCUAAAUUAUAAAAAUCAUUUUUAUGUGACGCAAUUAAAUAAGUAACUCUACUUUUUAAUGUAGGUAUUGCAAUUUUUGUUAUAAUAAAUGUUGAAAUUGCGCGGAGAGUUAGUUAUUUAAUGUUGUCACAACAUAGAACAUAAAGGAUAGAUUUAGUAGUGGAUUAAAUAUGAAAAAUGGAACACGAGAGUUACAUACAUGCGCAAACGCUAGAAGUAGCCGCCAUUUUAUGACAAGUGGGCAGUGACAUAAAUAAAGAAAAGUUGAAAGGUUUCAAAGCGAGUGACAGCUGACAAAGCUUUCAUUUUCGGGCCAACUAAUAGAUGGCACAGUCUUCUGAAAACGUCACUUUAAGGCGUCUGUCCCACCCCUGCAGUGGACUUAACGAGUUGCGGCGUCGGAACAAACUCAGUGGGCAAUUAUUUAAGGCCAUAGAGCUUGUCUAGUAGUAUACAUAGUCUUUGAUUCCUAUUACUCACUAUGCAAAGAUUAUUUUGCAACGAGUUUGCAACUAUAAGGUACUCAAUUCUGCAAUAUUUUAAUAUAGUUUAUUACAUGAAUUAACUUUUGUUAUUCUGUUCCCUCUAUUUUGAGAAUUAUGAUUGAAUUAUUAGGUAUAUUUUACGCUAUGUUUAGAUAAGGCUGCGUACAGAUUACUUUGCGACAAUAUGUGCAAUAUAUAUUUAGUGUAACGAAACUGUGUACGAGUCCGAUUCGCACUAUACAGGUAUAGAAAUGAAAUGAAUGAGAAAAAGUGUAAACCUAAUACAAUAGUAGAUUGUUAACCUAGGGUCGAAAGAAUCAGUUCCCGAGGUACCUAUUUAGACGCCCGAGCGCAGCAAGGGCGGCUAUAGUCCGAGUAGGAAUUGAUUAUUUUACCCGUGUUAAGCACUUUACUUUUCAUUUCGAAUAUGAGGAAGAUAAAAGUAGUUGUUUAUCUAAACUAUUUAUUGAUAAUAUAUAAUAAUAUUAGUAGUGCCUAUUUAAAAUUAGUUGUCAUAUAAGGACAAUUUAUGUCGACUUUUUAAAUUUUAAAUAUGGAAUUCACCGCGUAAUUGUUGCUGUUUAUUCCGCUCAAAGAAGUUUACGCUAUGUUCACACUGGCUGUUUAGAAAGUCACAUGACAACAGUUCUAUUUUCAAAGUUCAUUCCGGCCCUUAGUUGGGAAGUAAUUUGUAUGAGUUUUUCUCUCUAUGCAGGGAAGCAGCAUUUUCCACCCAAUAAUCAGAUCAAAACAACAUUACUUUCCGAGUAUGAGAAAUGAAAAAUAAAUUACUUAUACACGCAUGAAUUAUGUGCGGUGUAUAAGGUUAUAAAAAUUCGCAUUUCGAUACUGUGAAUUGUGAUAUAAUAUAUAAAAUAGCUUUUUAAUUUUUAUAUUCACUGACGCUAGGCUCAAUAGUGUUUUUUUUAAAUAUUGACGUACAAUAAACAACUAGACUAGGGAGUCUAGUAGUUUCGCCUAUUAAAAGUUGUCAAAAAUAUUGUUUGGGCUAUGUCGUUGACUUGUCGGUUCUCCCCAUUUCUGAUUCGAUCUCGCAGGGAAACUCCGAGCAUAGCCCUCUCCAUUGCCCUCUGAGCGACCGUGAGCAUUUUCGGGGAUAUUACGUACCUAUAUAUUGACUCGGGGCAAGUUUAACCCCUGAACUGACGGUCGUGUGAUUCUCUCUCUCUCCUUCUCUUACCAGUAGUUGGCCACUGUGCAUAGGAUGCCGGCAAUAUGGGUGGGUAACACAACAAUUUUUCUGCCUUGAAGCAGUUGUUACAGUAGCAGGCACUAUUUGUGCCUCGUUUUCAAAUUGAAAUGACUGGGCUUGUGGGCAGUUACCAUCAGGUAACUAAUAGCUCAUCUCGUGACAUUUUAAGAUCGAUAAACAUAAUCAAAUAAUACGUAUACAAUAACUUUUACAGAUAAUAUUAAAAACAUUCAUUCCAAUUAACACUUUAUUCAGUAGCAGUAAUGUUCAAAGUCUAUUGUAUACGCUCAUAAGAAGCUAAUAAUUGAUUGUGGUGCGAAAGAGACGUCCGCACAUUUCGUCGGCGAUGCAUUUUGUUUUAGCAAUUGAAAUGUUAUUAUUAAGCAAAAUGAUUAAAACCGUCAUUUUAGUAACAUAAUUUUGUUAAUUUAAAAGGGCACUUACCUGGAAUACGACACUAUCCAUUUUAAGUUUGGAUAUGCUGUUAUUUGGACAUUUUUUCACUGAAAUCUUUGUUAUUGCGUGGCGUUGUAUUCUAAGCGCGGUCAUAACACAACUGAACGGAAACUCUGCGUAGGCAUAGUUUUGCUUCAUACAAUUUUUAAGUGUGAGUAAAGUUGUUUAUUGUACGUUAAUGUGUUUAAAUCAAUAUAUUAGAUUGUAACGUCCAUACUGUUCUGUCUGUGUGCCUUAUAUUGUAAUACAUUAUUCAACUUCACUAACAUUCACCUAAGUAAUAAAUACUUGUACAAUAUGCCAUAGGUUAUAUACUCUUUACAGAAAAACAUCUGUUUGUCUAGGAAUCAUCCGCACAGCCUUAUGGUGUUAGAUGACCUUAUCUAGUCAAUCAAGUGCUAUCUUUUCCAGACAAACCCGCAUUAUAAACAUACUCAUAGUAUUUAUAACGUUUCCGAUAUUUUUCAAUAGUUUAACUAAUUUUAUGAGAAAAGCAAAAUAUUUUUUGGGAAAUUAUUAAUUAAUGAUGAAAAUAUAAUAUAAGGUACUAGUGACUCACAGUGAGUAGCUCUCUCUCUCUCUCUCUAUAUAUAUAUAUAUAUAUAGUACUAAAAGAUAAUAUAAGCUUCUAAUGACGACCCACUCGUCGCUCGCGUCUCCUCCUACCUAGAAACCAAACUUACUUACAUAAUAUUAAAGAAAGUGAAGUGAAAGAACUGUUCAUAAUAAUGUUUUUUAUGUGUUUGUCAAUAAUAUUUCAUAAUAUCAAGAAUUAUUUUGUAAAAUAUUCUUCCUGUCAAUAACGUUCUAUAUUAUGUAUAGAACGUAAUUGCUCCCUGUUGUUAACUAUAAUGAAAUUGUUUCACAGCAGAACUGUCAAACCGUGCGUCAAUAAAUUCUCUCGUAGAAAAUAUGUCCAAACUUAACAAAUAUUGGAAUUUAAAAUAAUUAUGGGUCUCAAAUCGAAAUAAAAUCUAUCCUAUCUCUCAUAUUGGAUUAAACUGCACUAGAUUAUGUAGGUAAUCCCCAUUAAAAUCCGUUCGUUAAUUUAGGAGUCCAUCGCGGACAAACAACGUGCCAAGAGAGCAAAAUAUUAAGAUAUAGGUUAAUUAACGAGUCGAGAAUAAUUAAGUUUAAUUUUUUUCGUGGCAAAGAACAACCGACUCUUAAAAUUAUUAAAUACCUACUUAUUUCAAAUUCUCAAACUAUAUAAUUUUAAAGUUCCAUGACUAUUAAUUCAUUACAUUCUGUUAAGAUUAUUUUUCAAAGUAUAUCUGUUAAUAAGUUUAAGAAUAAUGUUUACUUGUGCAUAUUUGUAUACAUAAAUCAUGUUGUCUUAGUUUAUAAUUAUUAUAUUGUUGUAUCAUGUGAUAAUAAAACCAAAAGUUAAGA